CCGGGACCAGACCACCUCAGCUGCCGCUGGAUCCUGUGUUUUGAACCAAGAAGGAGAGGAAUUGCAAGGAUCACAAGACACAAUGAGGGGGUUCGUGCUGCAGUUGUUGACCGUAUCCACAUGUUAUCUCUGUGUAACAGGAGAGCAAAGCGACAGAAGCGGGGUCCGCAAGCGUCGGUCUAUGUUGGGAGGCAUGUGCCGCUUUGGGCAUCGGAUGGACUGCUGCUGGGGAUGGAACCGGCGUCCCUGGGGACAAUGCCAGCCUUUCAUCCCGUUAAUGCAGAGAAUAUGUCGAGUAACGUACCCUCUGAAAGCUGUGUGUCAACAUGGAUGUAAACACGGCGAGUGCGUGGGUCCAAACAGGUGCAAGUGCUACCCGGGGUACACAGGCAAAACAUGCAACCAAGAUUUUAAUGAGUGUGGGAUGAAGCCUCGCCCAUGCAAGCAUCGGUGUAUGAAUACGUACGGCAGCUACAAGUGCUACUGUCUGAAUGGCUACAUGCUCAUGUCUGAUGGAUCAUGUGCAAACAUGCGGUCGUGCGCAAUGGCAAACUGCCAGUAUGGCUGCGAUGAGGUGAAAGGAGAGAUUCGGUGUCGCUGUCCCUCUCCUGGACUGCAGCUUGGACCAGACAGAAGGACCUGCGUGGACGUUGAUGAGUGUGCCACUGGGAGAGUUGUCUGCCCGAGAUUCCGGAAGUGCAUCAAUACCUUUGGAAGUUACUACUGCAAGUGCCACGAUGGUUUUGAACUGAGGUACUAUAACGGGAAAUAUCGGUGUCUAGAUGUUGACGAGUGUGCAAGGAGGACGCAUAAAUGCAGUGCUUUUGCUAUUUGUCAGAACACACCAGGCUUGUACAAAUGCAAGUGUAUGCCGGGCUACAUUGGUAGCGGUUACAGCUGCACACCUAACAGAAGGGUAAUCAAUGGAAAGUUACCAGAUUUUACUAUUCCACCCAAAGGCAACAAUGCAACUAUGAAUAAUGUUGAUCUGGAGACUACCACCAUGGCAAACAUUGAAAGGAAAACGAACCCAGUGACCCCAGCUUGGAGAGUUAACACCCAGCCACCCAUUACCAACAAGCCUGAGGUCAAAACGAGAAACCCCACCCCUACUGCAAGUAGAACCACAACCACAGCCUUGACCACAACCUCAACGACAGCUUCAACUGCAGUCACCAUCACAGCCUCAACCACAGCCGCGACUGUGGACAACAGGAUCCCUAACGAGGUGCCACGGCAAAGAGGAGAUGUUUUCAUCCCCCGGCAGCCAGGAGGGAACGGAGCACUAUUUGGCCCUUUUGACAUUGAGAAGGGAAUUACUGCGGAGGAGAAUGAUGCAGGGGACGACCAAGACAUUUUGAUAAACAGCUGCAACUUUGACCACGGAAUGUGUGGGUGGACCCAGGAGAAAGAAUCAGGAGUUCACUGGGACCGAGUCCCGGUCCCAUCAGGUCACAGUUGGUAUUUGACUCUUCUCGGUUCUGUUGACAAACCGAGGGAGGUGGCCCACCUUGCCCUUGCGCUGGGCCAAUCGGCACAUCCAAGCAACCUCUGCCUCACCUUCAAGCACAAACUGUCUGGAGACUCCGUCGGCAAGAUCCAGGUGUUUGUGAAGAGGAACGGCCAUUACGGGCAUAUCCUGUGGGAGAGGAACAGAGGGCACGGCUGGAGGACCAGUCGGUUCACACUGAAAGGACCAGGUCUUGAGAAUGUCAUCUUCAAAGGGGUGCGUGAGAAGAAGCGAGGGGAGAUCAGCCUGGAUGAUAUCAGCCUGCAGAAAGGCCAGUGCUCAGGAAGAUCUCUGCGACAGUGGUAAAAUCUGCAGACCCGCUUCUGAAAGGACUCCACCUUGUCCCCGUUUACUUAUGUGAGGAAUGGUCAUGAGGGGAAAGACUUAACAGCAGCAUUCUACCACUUACUUUGCACAAAUUGCAUCGAGGAGCCAAUCUACCCAAGACAAAGCCCUCACAGAGCACAGGACCUUCAAACAAGAUCAAUGUUCCUAUUAAACAUUACCCUGUGUGCGUCUGUGGUCCAGUAAUGCUGAAGAAUGUGGCUAUGAAAUCUCCAUAAUUUGAGGUGCUUAUCUGAACACCAUUUGAACACAUCUGUGAAAUAGCUAGUUAAUCAACAUGUUACCACAUCACACAGGAUAGCAACAUGUGGUUGGCUGGAUGCCAGUUGUACCUGAAACCCAAUGAAUCCUGUUUGUGUGGUUCAUCACCUGGGUUUGGUACUGCUGUCUCAAAAUCUCCCCCAGGGUAGUCCUGGCAAGUCUUGUGCCUCAGACAGAAGGCUUCUCAUACAACCCGAAUCUGGUGCUACGCCACUGCCAUGUCUGAUGUUAGAACAACCCCACCCCUAAUAGAUUCAUAGUAAAGGGUGAGAGAGAACCUCUUUGACUGUUGAAAGAAGUCUUUAGACGAGCAAUUAAAAUGACUCGUCCUCUUCUUUUCCCCCUUUCCAACACUAAUUGCAAACAUCACGGGGGCCCUGUGGUAGCUGUAUAUUUUAAUGUUCUCUGCCUCAUUACAGGCAUGUAGCCGGGGACUUCUGUUGAGUUGCUCCCAUUAUUGUUUCAGCUUAAAGUUGAAGAGUGGCCCAUUCCCACCUCCCCUGACCCCCUCCAGGUAAAAAAAAUUGGGAAAGCACUGGUAUCACUGCAGGGGGUGUGUUGGGCCUUUAACUGUCCAGGAUCACACCUAGCUGUGAUGUUGUACAGACUGUUGAUUAACAGCCCCCUUAACCAUCCAAAAAAUGUACUGAAGUGUAAAAGAAUUUAUAUUGUUUUAGGCUGUUGUCUCACUCUAUUUAAAAUUAGCUUUUAUCUGACCUAGUAUUUACUGAAACUAUCUGUAUUUGUCGAGACACUCCAUGGUACUGUAUAUAACAUUGCAGGGAAAAUCUGUUUUACACCAUGUACAUCUAGAAGCUUUUGCAGGCAGCUAUUGAGGUUUCUAGCAGUGUUUUAUAAGAUGGCAACUUUAACAAAUCAGGCAUCAAAAUGUACAGUUUACUCCCAUUUUGUAAGGCCACAAAAUCACUGCUACAAACCUGGAAAAUAAACAUUAUGCACGCUUUGUUA